AUGAAGGUGAGGCUUGUUUUGAUCUCAGCAAAGACAUGGUAUAAUUAUGUAUUUAUUCCAGAAAAUGUGCACCAGAUAACAGUUGUAGCUAUAACUACACAAGACCUACAACAGGAAACGAUAGAUUCGACUUACUAUACGAAGGUAUAUACGGCAAAGUGUGGGCAAAUGAGGAAACGAGGGACCGACGAAAUGGUGCGUUUGAGGCUCUGUAUGUAUGAUGGCCCGAUUGUCUUAGAGAACAGAGACAAGGCUAAGGAUGGGGAGGUCAUAGCGAGGGUAUUAAAGCUGAUUAGAAGGCAUGGAGCAAAUACUGAUUGA